CAAGUUUGCGCGCCUGUCCGGAAUCGGCGCGGCACCCAUUCAUUGCCUCUGAACAUCCAUCUGUCCCUUCGGUCAUCCUUCGGGAAGGGGCUCCAGCCACCUGGGAGCAGCCGCCACCCAGGGGACUACGACCAGAAAAAGAGCAGAAAGCCCGGCCGAGCCUCGCGGGCCCAGGCAGGGGACGGUGACGACCACUAUGCAGACGUGCGCCAGGGCCUGGGGGCUGCGUCUGGGUUGCGGAGUCGGGGGCGGCCGCCGCCUGGCUGGAGGAGCUGGCCCCCGGUGGGCGCCGAGGGGUCGUGACAGAAGUAGCGGCGGCGGGGAUAGCGGCGGGGCCGGGGCCUCGCGCCUCCUCGAGCGCCUCCUCCCCAGACACGACGACUUCGCUCGGAGACAUAUCGGCCCCGGGGACAAAGACCAGAAGGAGAUGCUACAGGCCCUGGGGCUGGCGAGCGUUGAUGAACUGAUCGAGAAGACCAUCCCUGCCAGCAUCCGCCUGAAGAGACCCUUGAAAAUGGAUGACCCUGUCUGUGAAAAUGAAAUCCUUGCAACUCUGCAUGCCAUUUCCAACAAGAAUCAGAUCUGGAGAUCAUAUAUUGGCAUGGGCUAUUAUAACUGCUCAGUACCACAGACAAUUUUGCGGAACUUACUGGAGAACUCAGGAUGGAUCACCCAGUAUACUCCGUACCAGCCAGAGGUGUCUCAGGGGAGACUGGAGAGUUUACUCAACUACCAGACCAUGGUGUGUGAUAUCACAGGCUUGGACAUGGCUAAUGCAUCCCUACUGGAUGAGGCCACCGCGGCUGCAGAGGCGAUGCAGCUCUGCCACAGGCAGAACAAGAGAAGGAAGUUUUUUGUUGACCCCCGUUGCCACCCACAAACAAUUGCUGUCGUCCAAACUCGAGCCAAGUAUUCUGGAGUCCUCACUGAGCUGAAGUUACCCCAUGAAAUGGACUUCAGCGGCAAAGAUGUCAGCGGAGUGCUGUUCCAGUACCCAGACACUGAGGGGAAGGUGGAGGACUUCACGGAGCUCGUGGAGAGAGCCCACGAGGCCGGGAGCUUGGCCUGCUGUGCUACUGACCUCUUAGCUCUGUGCAUCCUGAGGCCUCCUGGAGAAUUUGGGGUAGACAUUGCCCUGGGCAGCUCACAGAGAUUUGGGGUGCCACUGGGCUAUGGUGGACCACAUGCAGCCUUUUUUGCUGUCAGAGAAAACUUGGUGAGGAUGAUGCCUGGAAGAAUGGUGGGGGUAACAAGAGAUGUCAGUGGAAAAGAAGUGUAUCGUCUGGCUCUUCAAACAAGGGAGCAACACAUCCGGAGAGACAAGGCUACCAGCAACAUCUGUACAGCUCAGGCUCUCUUGGCGAAUAUGGCUGUGAUGUUUGCAAUCUACCAUGGGUCCCAUGGGCUGGAACAUAUUGCUCGGAGGGUACAUAAUGCCACUUUGAUUUUGUCUGAAGGUCUCAAGCGAGCAGGGCACCAACUCCAGCAUGACUUGUUCUUUGACACUUUGAAGAUUCAGUGUGGCUGCUCAGUGAAGGAGGUCUUGGGCAGGGCCGCUCAGCGACAAAUAAAUAUUCGGCUCUUUGAGGAUGGCACCCUUGGUAUCUCUCUUGAUGAAACAGUCAAUGAAAAAGAUCUGGAUGACUUGUUGUGGAUCUUUGGCUGUGAGUCGUCUGCAGAGCUGGUUGCUGAAAGCAUGGGUGAGGAGUGGAGAGGUAUUCUAGGGACUGCCUUCAAGAGGACUAGCCCAUUCCUCACACAUCAAGUGUUCAACAGCUAUCACUCAGAAACAAAUAUUGUCCGAUACAUGAAGAGAUUGGAAAACAAAGACAUUUCCCUUGUGCAUAGCAUGAUUCCACUGGGGUCCUGUACCAUGAAGCUCAACAGUUCAUCUGAACUCACGCCUAUCACAUGGAAAGAAUUUGCAAACAUCCACCCCUUUGUGCCUCUGGACCAAGCUCAAGGGUACCAGCAGCUUUUCCGAGAACUCGAGAAGGAUUUGUGUGAACUCACUGGCUACGAUCGAAUCUCUUUCCAGCCCAACAGAUCUAUGCAGAGGCAUAGAUGGAAAGAGGAUCAAAGGAUGGACACCCAAAUAAUUAUCUCAAGCGGAGCCCAGGGGGAAUACGCUGGGCUGGCCUCUAUCCGAGCCUACUUAGAUGCAAAAGGAGAGACACACAGAACGGUUUGCCUCAUUCCAAAAUCUGCACAUGGGACCAAUCCUGCAAGUGCCCACAUGGCAGGCAUGAAGAUUCAGCCUGUGGAGGUGGAUAAAUAUGGAAACAUCGACGCAGCUCACCUCAAGGCUAUGGUAGAUAAACACAAGGAGAACUUGGCAGCAAUCAUGAUUACAUACCCAUCCACCAAUGGAGUGUUUGAAGAAAACAUCGGAGAUGUGUGUGACCUGAUCCACCUACACGGAGGCCAGGUCUACCUGGAUGGGGCCAACAUGAACGCUCAGGUGGGAAUCUGUCGUCCGGGAGACUUUGGGUCUGAUGUCUCACACCUUAAUCUUCACAAGACCUUCUGCAUUCCCCAUGGAGGUGGUGGCCCUGGCAUGGGGCCCAUCGGAGUGAAGAAGCAUCUUGUUCCUUUUCUGCCUAAUCAUCCCAUCAUUUCGCUAAAACCAAGUGAAGAUGCCCAGGCUUUGGGGACCGUCAGCGCAGCCCCUUGGGGCUCCAGUUGCAUCUUGCCCAUUUCAUGGGCUUAUAUUAAGAUGAUGGGAGGCAAGGGCCUUAAACAGGCCACAGAGAUUGCUAUUUUGAAUGCAAACUACAUGGCCAAGCGAUUAGAAAAGCACUACAGAGUCCUUUUCCGGGGUGCGAGAGGAUAUGUGGCUCAUGAAUUUAUUUUGGAUACAAGACCCUUCAAAAAGUCUGCAAAUAUUGAGGCCGUGGAUGUGGCCAAGAGGCUUCAAGAUUAUGGAUUUCAUGCCCCCACCAUGUCCUGGCCGGUGGCAGGCACUCUCAUGAUUGAGCCCACCGAGUCGGAAGACAAGGCGGAGCUGGACAGAUUCUGCGACGCCAUGAUCAGCAUCCGACAGGAAAUUGCCGACAUUGAGGAGGGCCGCAUCGACCCCAGGGUCAACCCACUGAAGAUGUCUCCACACUCCUUGACCUGCGUCACAUCCUCCCACUGGGAUCGGCCGUAUUCCAGAGAGGUGGCAGCAUUCCCGCUUGUAAGUGCUCCUCUGAAGCUGGACGUGCCAGCUGGUCCAGGUUCACCCCUUUGUGAAACCAGAGAACAAAUUCUGGCCAACCAUCUCCCGCAUUGAUGACAUCUAUGGAGAUCAGCACCUGGUUUGCACCUGUCCACCCAUGGAUGUUUAUGAGUCCCCAUUUUCUGAACAGAAGAGGGCCUCUUCUUAGUGUUCUCUCCCCAAGUUCAAGUGACUGACCUGAUGCGCUUUGGAGCAUCUCGUAUUUCAUUUUCCACCACAGACUCAAGUAGGGGUUUUAUAUACUGUGUAUAUUCUCUCAAGGUAAAUGUAAAUACAGUUAGCACAGUGGGUAGAAGGUCAUCGCUGGAAGAUUGAUUUGCUUCAGUGUCUCUGCUUUCACACACAGCAGUUGCCUUGAUUGGGACCAUUUAGUUUUUUUGCAUAGAAGAUUCAGAGUGUGCUAGUAACUUUCACUUCAAUGUAGCAAGUUUGAAGAUGUUAUAGAGGCUAUACUGGCGAUCCAAUAGGUAUUUUUAUUCCAAAUAAGUCCUUGUGGACUGUGCCAUCUGUGGGAAACCCCAGGGCAAAUGUUUACAUUUUGUAUACACUGAAGAAAUCUUUUUCCUCCUACUAAUUUACUCAAUUUGUAAUAGCAUUUCUGAGUGUUUUCAUUUUUCCAUAUGUGUAGUUUUAAGUCUGCAAUUAAUAUUCUAAUAAAAGCAUUCCAAUUUGAA